AUGCAGAACAACAAUCGCAUUGACAGUCAUAAAGUUUUAUCCGCGGAACUGACUACGCCGGACUAUGCCCGAGUGACAUGCCGAGCUGAUCGCAACGAGGCCGGUAGAUCUACAACUCCAAUAUUUUCUACUCUACUACUUCAACUUUCAAUCUCUCAAUUUCCAACGUAUACAAUCUACCUCAAUGCCCUAAAUCCAAAGCAAAACCACCACGUGAUUGAACCAAAUUCCCCGCAAUAUCCUCCGCUGUCCCGAAUCCAAUCCCACCACCUCCAGUUACUCCUCGCACCCCUACACCACCCAAAGAGCGAGCAAGCCAAGGAAAACACCAUGAAACCACACCCCUUCCCCCUUUCCCUAAACAUCGGCACCGACAUCGUCCACCUGCCCCGCAUCGCCCGCCUCGUUUCCCGCCCAAACGGCUACCUCACCCGCUUCACCCGCCGCAUUCUAAGCGACCAGGAACAAGCCGACUUCCGGAAACGAUUCAACCUACCUCCCGGUGAAGACGUACCGCUGGAGUCGCGGCUGUACCCUACGCAUAGGCGACUACACGUGCAGACGAAUGUGAAUACGAAUGCGAACGGGAGUACAGGUGGGAUAAGCGCAAGCGCAGGACCAACAUCAUCGCUAAGCACAGAAAUGGCGCGCUGGCUCGCUGGCCGGUUCGCCGCGAAAGAAGCCGCUAGAAAAGCUGCGCCGGGGGGCGCUGCGAAUGUGGGGUGGAAGGAUGUGGUUGUUAUUCGGGAGGACGAGGGGACUACUGGAUUUAAACCCGAAUCUGGGAUUAGUACAACAGCAGAGGAGUCGGAGUCGGCGUCGGGGACAGGGAGUAAGGGUAGGACUAAGACGUCUGUUGAGAGGAUCCGGGAGAUGCGCAGGGAGAGGGGCAGUGGAAGGCCGGGGAUUCUAUAUUUGGAUGCGAAUGGGGGGCCUGGGAGGAUGGGGAAGUUAUCAAUUUCGCAUGAUGGGGAGUAUGUUGUCGCGACGGUAUUGGCGACGGGUUAG